CACCUCACAAUGGCACAAAAGUCAUGCCAAAUCCAAAUGUCGAAAAUUACAGUGAAGACUCCUACAAGCAGAAAUUUUUGCAGACCAGGAUGAAGAUCCGUGGACUGUACAUGGCCCUGUGCCUGACCCUAGUCUUACUGUUUAUAAACGUGGCCGCCUACCAGACCAUUCUGGGGGACAACAGCAAGAGGACAAAACUGUUUGCCCCAAGUGACAAGGCUAGAAAAAGGAGACAGAGCGCAGAUGUGCCUGAUAUUAGCAGCAGUCCAACUGUUUUCGAAUCCAACAGGCUGCCAAUGACAGGAAACUCCACCAUUGGUUACACCUUGAAUACACGUCUUAUGGCAUCCGUGGGUAACGGUCACCUAGCAACAACUGUGUACAGUGACACCAUAUUUGUCAAUGGACUGUACAGUGGAGAUGGCUUUAAAGGUAGAAGUCAUCGGGCUGCAAUUCCUUCUCCCAACAACAUCCGGGCAACGCUCCCGUCCGAAGGCGGUGCAGUGAGGAGAUUUGCACUUGAUGUUGAGAAAGGUGUUUUCUUUGAGACUGUGAGGACAGACCAGGUAACCCUGGAACAGCGGACGUACGCACACCAGUACUACACACGACUUUUGGUGACAGAGGUUCACGUAACGCGGGCGCAGUCUGUCAUGGACGCCAGUGACAUCAUAAUCGACUUAACGUCAAGUCCUGCGUCCGAUGGCCAAGAUUUUGUGUGGGACCCCGUCUCUUCCCCUUCUUCAGAUAGUCGCCCCAGAUCUGAAGUACACAUGUACUGGACACCAGUCCCCAGUACCAUCACACUGCCAAGCUCUGAGUCUCAAAUCAGCGCAUCCUUCAUCACUUCCAUCGACACAGACCAAUCCACAGCCAGGGAAGCCUUUGAAAUCGGGCGGCAGUUUGCUCGUGGUGACCUCUACCCUACUCACUUGGAAGCCUGGAGAAAAGUCUGGGACGCAGGACGUAUAGAGGUGGAGGGGAAUCUGGAUCUACAGAAGACCAUCAACGGUGCGCUGUAUUACAUCCUGAGCUCCCUACCUGCACAGAACCACUACGGAACAGCGAAUCAGUUCUACGGACUCAGCCCGGGGGGACUGGCUAAUGGAAAACUCCUUCAGGACUACCAGGGCCACUCGUUCUGGGACACAGAAACCUGGAUGUACCCUCCCAUCCUCCUGCUGCACCCUGCUCUAGCUAAGGACAUCCUGAGCUACAGGAUACAUGUCAGAGGGCCGGCGUACGACAGGGCACGGGAGAAUGGGCACCAGGGACUGAGGUUCCCAUGGGAAAGUGCUUUUACUGGUGUGGAGGUUACUCCGGGUGACAUCUGCAUGGAGUGUCGAGAAAACCAGCAGCACAUCACCGGAGACAUCGCCUUCGCCGCUCGCCAGUACGUCUCCGCUACCCGCGACCUUGGGUGGCUGAAGGACGAGAACGGCUGGGAGCUCAUCAUGGAGACGGCCAGGUUCUGGAAGAGCCGACCGACCUUCAACCAGACAAGGGGGCUGUAUGAUAUUAAUGGGGUGAUGCCACCAGACGAAUUCCAUCACACCAUCAACAACUCCAUCUACACCAACGUGGUGGCCAAACUCAGCAUGGAGUUUGCCAACUACACGGCGUGUCUGCUGGGAGAGACGGAGGAAACAGCUGAGGAGGUGGAGUCUUGGGUCACAGAUGUUGGAAACAAGCUUUACCUGCCGGAAAUUACUGAUGAGAAUUAUCACCCAGAGUUUGAGGGCUAUCCAAAAGGAGAACUGAUCAAACAGGCGGAUGUCAUCCUGCUGGGGUACCCACUCAUGUGGCAGAUGUCAGAUCAAGUCAGGAGGAGUGACCUGAACAUCUAUGAAAAGGUGACAGACCGUACUGGCCCGGCCAUGACAUGGAGCAUGUUCUGUGUGGGUUGGCUGGAACUGCAGGAGUACAGCAAGGCCAGACAGAUGUUCCAGGACAGCUACAGUAUCUACGUCAAGGAGCCCUUUAAGGUUUGGACUGAAGCACACCAGGGUUUGGGUGCAGUUAACUUCAUCACAGGAAUGGGAGGGUUUCUCCAGGCUGUGCUGUUUGGGUACGGCGGCUUCCGUCUACAUGUGGACCGUCUGGACCUCAACCCUGUCCUGCCACCAGAUACUGACAGGAUGAAAAUCCAUGGCUUAGACUACUUGGGUUCUUCCUUGGAUGUCACCGUCAGCAGUGAUGUGGUCACAGUAAAUGUAACCUCCCUUGGAGGGGACUAUCCACUAGAGAUCAGGGCAGGUGAUACCAGCUACAGUCUCCAGGAGGGACUUCCAGUACAGUUGCCUCGGGGUCCUGCUAGCAUAGCAACAACCAGACAAGACUCCAAUAGAUGCACGCCCCCUGUGGCAGGAGAUGGUACUGCAGGGCUUCAAGGCACCACCUGGCCCUGGGUGAUCUUGCUUUCCCUACUAGUACUUUCCACAGUGAUCUACUUGAUCUUGAUGUUGAAAAGGUACUGCGCAACACGCCUCAGUUGGGGUAAGACACGCAGGGGGGAGGGCGCUGUGCCCUUAAUGCAGAUGACAGAUAUUCAGGAACAAGUCUCUUAACUCCACUCAGUGAAAUAUUUGCUUUUUGACUGUGUUUCAAUGCUCAUGCCCAGUGCCAAAAAGAAACUUCUAUGCCAAAGUUAUGUUAUAUAAAGUGGAAAGGGACAGAUGUUCAAAACAUCAAGCCGUUAGAAGAUAUGUAAAUGUAGGAAUUGCAAUCUGUAAUGAUUGUGGGUCUACUAUGUUGUUUUUAUUUGCCUUGAUAAAUGAUAAAUAGUAAAAUGUUGUGGAAGAAAGGUGAAAAAUCUCAGGGAAGCAAUGCUGAAAACAGAAACACAUCAAUUGAAAAUUGAU